AUGUCCUCACUUACCCAGCUCCUCUCCCACUACCCCUGUAUUCUCCGCCACACCCAUAAGAUCCUAACCUCUUUCUCCCUCAUCCUCAGUCUAAACAGUACUUACCAAGUAUGCGCCACGAAGAAACGCACCAAGAAGUAUGAAGAAGAGAUCGGCAAUAUGAGUAGCACUAUUAAUUUGAUGAAGGAUUGUACGUGUGGAGCUGCAUUAGGGCCGGGGCUGUAUGGAGGGAGUGAUGUGAAAAGGGUCACAUUUUCUGGGGUGAUGGGUCAUGAGCGAGAGAAAGAUGGAGAAUCGAGAGAGAAAGAAGAGCUGGGCAACAUGGGAAGGAGAGAAACGACCUGGCAAGAGAGGGCGGGAGAGUUGAGCCUUGGAGCUAGAGUUAAGAAAAAUAGAAAGGAAGAGGGAGGGAAGAAGUCAGAACGAGAUCCGGCAGAUAUGAGACCGAUUCAAGUUGGCAAUGGUCCGGGUCCAAUGACGAUAAAGAUCGCGGAAGCGAGUAGCAAGGUAUCAGAUGGAUCUGAAGAAUGGGAAGAUGAGAAAAGAGGACAGGAGCAAUGA